AUGAUAAAGAUGGCAUCCUCUGAUUGGCCAAGCGCGUCAGCACUUUCACGCCUCCUGAUUGGCUGGGCACAGCAACUACCCCUCCCGCGACCCCGCCGGCCCCCGCCGUUGGCGGGCACCCAACUCGCCCUGCCCAUAGCGAGCUGCUGUGGGGCGGGGGCUGGGUGUCGCCGGCUCUCUGUCGCCUCCUGCAGGCUGACGCAGGCUCUGCCUCCAGGGAUGAGCACGGUGCCAGAGGUGCUUGUGGCCCGGCACUGCGGCCUGCGCGUCUUCGGCUUCUCUCUGAUCACCAACAAGUCGGUGCUGGAGUACGGGACCCGGGAGAAGGCCAACCAUGCCGAGGUGCUAGAGGCCGGGCGCCAGGCCGCUCUCAAGCUGGAACGCCUGGUCUCCGUGCUGCUGGAGCGCAUGAAGGGCAAAGGUCUGGUGUAGCCGGCGGGGGGGGUCCCUCCCCUGGCAGGUGGGGGGUCCCUCCCCUGGCAUCCGCCUCCAAUGCAAACUGCUGCCCUGCCCCCUCCCCUGCCGCUCGCUCUGCUAGCCUGCCCCCCACUCUUGAUUUUGUGGCCGUUGCUCCCGGCUCCCAUGUACGCUGAUCUCAGCCCAGAGCCCCCUCGAGCAGCCCCUGACCCCCAUCCCUUCCCCCAUGGGGGGUGUCCGAGCCUGGUGUCCUGUGGCGCUCACACCAUGGCCGCUGGAGUCCCGCAGACCAUGGGAUUCCCGCCCAAGCCCGUGUCUCAGUUCCAACCCCCAGUACCGCCCCCCUCCAGGGAUGCAACCCUGGACGCUCCGCCCAAAACCACCUGCCUUGAUCGCUGGCACUACCAGGGAGUGUCACCUGGCCGGUGACCCCGCAGAAGACCCUGCGUUCGGGCCCAUAGGCUGAGAUGUGCGGGAACGCCACUCCUAAAUCCCCUGGGCGGUUCGCCUGUGCUGCCCACUCACAGACAGGGGAACAUCUUGGGGGUGAUAUCCAAACCCCCUUUCUCACAGCUGGUGCCCUGCUGGGGAAGGGACCAACCCUCAGCUCAGUGCUGAGGAGGUGGGGACGGCUGCCCAGCCCCGUCCGGGUGCCAGGCCAUGUUCGGUGCAGGUGGGAGCCGGCCCCUUCUUCACAUUCCCACGUUGGGCCAUUCCGGCUGUUCUGCAGUGAUGUGUUUUGUUACCAAUGCUCAGUUUGCAGCUGGGAUGAUUCAGAGCUGCCACAGAAAUGGGGAGCCCCCAAUGAACUGGGGGUUCGGCUCCCCCAAUACCAGGCAGCUCUGCCCCUCCCCGCCCUGCUGCAUUUUAUCAUAGGACCACUCCACGGCUGCAUUCUGUCAGUUGCGCACAUUGCUAACAAUACAACA